AGUUUACAAGACUUGCAGCUUUCGUUCCGGACCUGGUUCGCACGGAGGCCGAGAGAGCACAACGGUUCAUCGACGGGCUUUACCCAGCAGUCGUCAUAACAUUGUGGGACACGGGACUCAGACCUACGCUCGUGCAGUCUCUAUUGCCCAGGAGGUGGAUGCCAGCAUUAGGAGGGAGGCCGUCCGUGAUCGUGCCCAGCCAUCCGCCCCAGUUCAGCCAUUCACAGCUCCACCAGCUCUACCAGCUGCUCAGCCGACAAAGGAGAAGAAGAGGAAGGGGAAGGGUGCUCAGACUGACCGGAGGACCCGACAGAGACAGCAGCAGGUUCCACCACUUCAACGGGUAACUCUUGAAUUUGAUGAGAUCAAAAUGAGGGAUGAAGAGACAAUUGACGUAUACUAUGCCAGAUUAUGUGAUCUGGUAAGUCAAAGUAUGAUGCUUGGAGAAGAAAUCUCUGAGAAACGUCAAGUACAAAAGAUUAUGAGAACCGUCGUUCCUAGGUUUGGAGAGAAAAUCACAGCUCUUGAAAGUUUCCAAAGAGUGGCGUCGUUGGAUGUUGAUGAACUUCUUGGAGAGCUCAGGACGUUUGAAAUCAACAACAAUUAUGACAAAGUCAAAAGUAAGGGCUUAGCUCUCAAAGCUGCUGUAGUCGAGGAAAGAGAAGAAAGCGAUGACGAUGAAGGUCCGUUGGCAGAUGAUAGUGAGCUGAAAGAAGCACUUGCUCUAAUCGCGCGAAACUAUGGGAAGAUGAGUCAAAGGCUGUACAAGAACAAAUUUGCUGGAAAAAAGAGGAACAACUUCAACAAGAAUGUGGUGCAGGACAAGAAAAGUAGUAUGCUACUCUCAAAAUUUGAUUCACAACGAGUUGAGAAGGAUCAAUGCAGGGAGUGUCGAGGCUUUGGACACUUCCAGUAUGAGUGUGCUAGUCUUAAGAAGAAGAAUAAGUCACUGAAGGCAACCUGGGAAUUUUCAGAUGAACAAGACACAUACGAACCUUCUUUGCACACAAGCAACUUGGCA